GUAAACACCCAUUGCACACAUCCAACAAUAUUUUUAUCAUACGAGGUUCCUCCAUAAUUAUAAUAACAACUCUCAUCUUUAUGGAGAAAUCAAUUCUCAUUCAACACUAAUUUCCCUAAAUCGCCUUCACUGCUUAUAUACUUGUUGUUGAGUUUCAUUAGCAUAGAUACAUCUCUAUAUAUGCAAUAGUUCAUUACAUAGAUGAUUAAUAAAGUUAAAUUAAUGAUGUUCAUCACUUAUAUUACUCAUAUUGUUAAACGUAUUCAUUCUAUUGUGUUGACUGUUGCAAUGAUGAUUAUGUUGUCAUCGUCAUUGUUCCCUGCUGCUGCAUAUAGUCAUCCAUCAAGAAAUCAGGACGUACUUGGGGCCAUUGCAGAGAUGCAGAAGGCGAACUACUUCACUUUUGUCAUGCUCAUCAACAUGGCACCUCCUGACCUCUUCCAAGGAAACUUUACUUUCUUAAUGCCCAACGAUAGAGCGCUCUCCACAGCCAUCCUACCAAACAGUGACGUCGUUAACUUCUUGCUCUGCCACUCAAUCCCUUCCACUUUGCUCUUUGAGCACCUUCAACAUUUCCCAACUGGCUCCUUCAUCCCAUCUUCCAAGCCAGAUCUGAUGCUCAGGGUCACCAACCAUGGGCGGAGACAGUUCUUCCUCAACAACUCUCGUCUCAUCAGCCCUAAUAUUUGCACCACUGGCUCCUCCAUUAGAUGUCAUGGGAUUGAUGGGGUUCUACUGCCCGCCACCUCCACAAUGACAGGUGAUCACAGUGGUCCCCCACAUGUGACGAUUGCUCCUCCUCCUCCCUAUAUUACACCGGUGGGAAAGGCCUUGCCGCCUGCAGCUCCUUCUGAACCAGCACCCCCUGUCACAUCAUCUAAUGAUCCAACACCCACACCACCACCGGUGACUGAUUCAUACGAGAUUAACAACGCACAAAGAUGGAGCUUUGUUUCAUCUAUGCGGGAAAGAAUAAUAUUUGGUUUGAUGUCGUUUCUAGUGUCUAUGUAUGUCAUAUAAUAUUUUAAAAAACAUAAUCAUUUUUCCAUGACAAUAUAUGACUGAAGUUAGCUUCUUUCCUUAUGUAUUAUGUUUGACCCAUGUCUUUUUUCAUCCAAAAAAUGUACUCCGUAGUAGAAAAGAGAAACAUUUCAAUGACUCAAAUGCUCUUAAUUACGUCAUCUCACCAUUUUCAAAGCACUUAUAAG